AACAGCAGCUGCGAGAGAAUCUGCAACAUGUCGGCAUCGAAAGCUCUCUACGUUAAGAACAAUAAUGGAACACAAAUCCAGGCAAUCGGACUGGGCACGUAUACGUCACUUGGUGGCGAUUGCGAGCGGGCAACGUUGCAUGCAAUUGACGUGGGCUACCGGCACAUAGAUACCGCCUACUUCUACGAGAAUGAGGCUGAAGUGGGCGCUGCGGUGCAAAAGAAAAUUGCCGAGGGUGUCAUCAAGCGUGAGGACAUCUUCAUCACCACCAAGUUGUGGUGCCACUUCCAUGAACCGGAACGCGUCGAGGCCGCUUGCCGCAAAACGCUGGCGAACUUUGGCUUGGAGUAUGUGGAUCUGUAUCUGAUGCACUGGCCCUACUCCUAUGUCUAUCGUGGCGACAACGAAAUGAUGCCAACCGAUGCCAAGGGCGAAGUGGAACUCAACGACAUUGACUAUCUGGACACUUGGCGGGCCAUGGAGAAGCUUGUUGAGCUGGGCUUGACCAAGAGCAUUGGUGUCUCCAAUUUCAAUUCGGAGCAAUUGUCACGUCUGUUGGCCAAUAGCAAGAUCAAGCCCAUUCAUAAUCAGAUCGAAUGUCAUCCAGCGCUGAAUCAGAAGAAAUUGAUUGCAUUGUGCAAACAACACGAUAUUGUUGUCACCGCCUAUUGUCCUCUGGGCAGACCUGAUCCCGCCAAGAAGCAGCCCAACUUCAUCUAUGAUGAUAAGGUUCAAGCUAUUGCGGACAAAUACAAGAAGUCCACGGCUCAAGUGGUGCUGCGUUAUUUGAUUGAAAUUGGCACUGUGCCACUGCCAAAGUCGUCGAAUCCCAAGCGUAUUGAGGAGAAUUUCAACAUCUUUGAUUUUAAAUUGGAUGCAGCUGAUCAUGCCGUGUUGGACUCUUAUCACACCGGAGAGCGUCUUAUCCCCAUGGAGCAUGCUAUUAAGAGCAAAUACUAUCCAUUCCAUUUGGAAUUCUAAAGGAAUUUGCUCAAUUAUUUCCACUGUUAUUACUGCAUAUUACAUUUACAUAUUUACAUAACUAAAACUAGAAUAAAUAAACAGCUGUUUUUUAUAAAA